AUGGCGAGAGGAGCGUGGUGUGUGUGUUUGCUGGGAUUGACGGCGGUGCUUGCUUCUCCAGUCAAACGAAAUGAGGGCGGAGACUACGGAGCCGUGACACCAUCACGUGAACAAAUGGAGGAAGCUUUUAAGCACAUCCCCAAGGAAACGAUAAGAAAAAUGGGCAGAGAAAUGAACGAGAAUAUCAAGGAUGCCGUUGAAAUGACUGAGAGGAUGAGACAGAUCGAAGAACCAAUCCGUCAAGACUGGACAUUAGAUCCGGAACUAAUGAAGGAAUCAGGAUUUCUGAUGGAGGAUUCGGCGGAAAUUUCUGAAGUCUUCAAUACCCUUCCCGCUCUGGACGUAAAGGACAUGCAUUUCCUCCAGACUUGUAUUGCGAGAGGAAAGGAGACAGAUUUCGACAAUAUAACAGACAAACGAGACUUGCUAAACGAAGUUCUGAGGCAGGUGUUUGAUUGCUCGGCCAUUGGGUUGUCGCUGUUAGAAACGGAAACCAAUCUAGACGGACUGACAGACGAGGAAUUAACUCCAGCAGAAGUGAUCAAUCGAAUUGAGAAAGUCCAACAAAUAUCAUUUGAAUUCCUCCAUCUUGGUGGUUUCGUCUUCAAAUUUUCUAGGAGAGUGGAGAAGGACUUUGGAAAAAUAUCGAAUAACGAGCUUGUACAUGGUAACUAUGAAGGGUCAAAAGAAUCAAAGAGCGGACAAGUCACGGGUUCCCCUAUAGAGGCGAGCAUCCCUAAAGGGAACGACAAGGCCACUGAAGCCCAAGGCGACAGCGGAUUCGACAAAACCGUGAGAGAAUUGAAACGACUUCUCAGUAACAGAAAUUUGAAAACAAUGGAGGACAAGAGGGUAGAGGAGAAAUCUGACGAAAAGGAAGAUAAAAGUACGAAUGAAAACGAUUCAGAAAAUGCAAGAGGGAAACCCCGACAAGACAAGGAUCGAAAAGGGCCGGCGGGAAAUAGCAAAGGUCCCUCUGCAGACAGAAGUAAUAAAGAGGACGAUACCAAGACCGAGGACACAGGUAAAAUGGAAUUGUUGAAAAAACAACUCGGGAAGCUGUUAGGACUGACGAAUGAAGACGAGAAGGCUUCUGUAGACGAACGCGAAAACGUAGCCUCCAAAAAUGGAAAGAAAACAGAGGUACCACAGAUAGGUGGGGGCGCUGGGGGUAAGAAACCGACUUCCGGUUCUGAUGACGUAAAGAAGAGAGAGUUAGUGGACUUACUCCGAGUGCUUGCCGAGAGAAGAGAGAUUCUGAAAAGAGAACACGUACGGGAUUAG